AUGGCUUCGAAGCUUGAAGAAAUUGCUGAAGAACAACCGAAAAGCAACGAUACUGUUGUUGGGGAAAAGAACUUUUUGGAAAGCAACGAUGAUAAAAAGGGUAGAACACCAAAGAGCAGUAAAAUACCCGACAACAGCUUGCCAGCAGAGCUGCCAUCAAUUCAGCUUAGCCAAGAUUCAUCCAAAAUUACCGAUUUUGUCAUCAAAUUGAGCCCUAUGGAAAUCCAAUUGAAAUCGGAUAAGAGUGUGGGUGAAAAUGCACUGGAAUCAGCAGCAACAUCAGAAGCUGUCGAUCGUCAAGAAACAGCUGGUAAAGGGCAGGGUGUGGAAAGUCAGAUUUCGAAAAAUGGCUCAAAAAUCGGUGAUAAGAAUCAGGCGAAAAGUGAUCGAAAAAUCGACGAUGAGGAACAAUGUUCAGGAAAGAAGGAAAAAUCCAUUUUGACCAUGUGGCCGAUAUUGGAUGGCCCGCAACAGUUAUGGAAUCGCCGUGGUGAGCAAAAAUUUUUGGUAAGCAGUAUUGAAAAAGUUUACGCUUUCGUAAACGGUAUUGAUCUGGCAGUUCCGACAAUAUCCGAGGAACUUUUUACAAGUGACAGCGAAACUAUUUGGCAGCAGAUCGCUUAUGGCAACAGGAAAUUCCUACGUUAUUGUGCGAAAAGGAAGGAACUGUUGGAUGUCGAAGUGCCACAAAUGAAUAGGACAAAUCCAAAAAGUGAUUUCUCGAAAAAAGUCGAUGAAAGGACUGAACCGAGUGACGAUGAUGAUGCUGAGUCGAGCGAUGAGUGUGACGUAGAUCUGUUCAACUUAUCAGAAAAACAGAUAAGAAAAAAAAAAACAGCUUUAUUUUUUAAGGAUCUUGAGCGCGACGAGAGUGAGGAAGAUGAUGACGAUGAGAUGACCAGUGAAGCAAGCCUUGUACCUAAGGAAUCAGACGCUCCUCCCAAGAAGCGAUGGAAAAGCGCGGUUGACGAUCGGUUUUUCUCACUGGCCGAAAUGGAAGAGUACUUGGAAAGACAGGAAAAAAGCGGAGCUGAUAAUGCUGGAGAUUCGUCAAACGCUGAAGCUGAUUACCACUACGCAGACUUUUUUGGAAAUGAAGAGGGCCCAAAUGAGUUUGUCAUGGAAAGUAAUACAGAGAAAUCAAAUAAACUAAAAAAGCUGAAAGAAAGAAUAGCAUCGAUCGAAGCUGCAAAUUUGGCUCCAAGAAGUUGGGAGAUGAGCGGUGAAGUUACGGCUAUGGAACGAGAGGAAAAUACUAUGUUGGAAAAACAUUUUGAUUUUGACCAAUCAGCACCGAAAGCACCAAUCGUCACUGUUGAUUCAACUUUCCAGCUGGAAGCUAUGAUAAUUCAGAGGAUCAAAGAUAAGGCAUUUGAUGAUGUUGUGAGGACUGAGCGGAAACUGGAAACAAAUACAUCCUAUCGUGCUCCAGUUGUAGAAGAAACUGCAGCAAAAAAGUCGCUUGCCGAAGUGUACGAGGAACACUAUCAGAAAAUUAAUUAUGGGGAAGGAAGUGAGGAAAAAAAGAACGAGAAGCACGAAACUAUUAAGAAAUUGAUGUUGUCGCUGUUUCAAAAGCUUGAUGCUCUCAGUCAUUAUCGUUAUAUUCCCUCUGAGGUGCAGCCAGAAGUACGCAUUGUAAGCAAUAUGCCUUCGCUCAAGAAAGAAGAAGUAGGCCCUAUGGCAUCAAGUGCGAACGUUCUUUUAGCGCCAGAAGAAGUCCGUAGACAUGCUAGUGGGCCUCCUAAAGCAGACGAAGAGAAAACGAAAACGGACAGAUUCCGUGCACGUCGAAAGAAAAAGAAAUGGCAGCGAAGUUUAAAAUCAGAACGGCAGCAGCCGGAGUCUUCUGGAAAAACUGGUGAAGCGCCUUCUGGAAAACGGAAGUUAUUGCUUCGAUAUGAUAAUAAAGGAAAAAGUACAAAAUUGACGUCGACUUCAUUUUUUAGUCACCUGCAGGCAGCAGCUACUGAAGAGGUUGGUGCAUUAAUUACGUGA